UUUCAUUUCCAUAUAUCUUUAAAACCAAAUUUUGGUCUGCCUAUAGCAAGAGUGAAAAAAAUUUUAAAAUUUAUCAACGAAAAGAAAGGUCAAAAGUCUGGUUUCCAUGGAAGAAGAAGCUGAAUCACGCGAGGAAGUCAAGCCUAACGUCGUCGUUAAAGAGACUAAUGGAGAUAUUGUCGGCGAUAACGAUGCAGGAAAAUUGGGUACCAUUGAAACCCCUGAUUUUCUUUCCCAGAAAAUAUCCCAUAACUGUUCCCUACCGAUUCUGGCAUCUGGAGUAAAUACCACAAGCCUUGCUCAAUCCCAACUCACCAUCUUCUAUGGCGGAAAAGUUUCUGUAUUUGAUGCAAUUUCCGCUGAAAAGAUUCAAGAAAUUAUGCUUAUUGCUGCUGCUGUGGCUGCUGCUGAUGUUGGCUCUGUUGACAUGAAGAAUGCUGCAACCGAUUAUGCCACCAUUUCACCUGCUCUUACAAGGUGUCCUUCACUUCAAAGUACUGCAACUGCUUUGGCUUCGCCACAGGCACAAUUGUAUCCUUUCCCCAGGACAUCUUUUAGCAAACUGCAAGCUGAACUACCAAUUGCAAGGAGACACUCACUUCAGCGUUUUCUUGAGAAGCGGCGGGACAGGCUGGUGAACAAGAACCCAUAUCCUGGUCCAUCAACACCAAAAAUGGUUGAUGGCGCCAAAGCUGACGUGAGUGCCACAACUUCACCAGAGUCUGGCUGCUUCAAGGCAUCACCCAUUCGUCAAGAAGAUAUCCAACCAAAAGCUCCAGCUCAUGUUGCGUAAAGCUAAGCAUAUAGGAUUCCUUAUAUAUAUAUAUAUAUUUGAUAAAAACUGAAUCUAGCUCUGUUAUUGUAAGUUACAAAGUGCAGAGGAAUACAUCUGAUCUGCCACUGGAGUUAGGUGUGGAUAGCAAGUGUACAAUUAAACAGGUCUCAUGGUAGGAUCUGUCCACUUGUUUCCCUAUUGCCUUCUUGGGCAGCAGUUUUGAUGUUUCCUAAACAUGGACACCCUCUCUCUGAUCUGCCUGACAAAUAACAUUUGCUAUGUAUGUAUGAUUCUCUCUGAUCUAUGGGUAUGCAAAGACUGCUAAUUUGUGUGUAA